UCGUGUAUUAGUUAACCACAAAAAUAGACGCAUUGGUUUUUAUCAGCCUUCGCAGUUUGUUAAUCUUUCGUAAAUUAAAUAAUUGAACGUUUUUUGUGCAAUUUAAUAGUCGACAUGACAAAAGACGAAAAUUUAGAAAAGAAAUCUGUGGAACGUAAUGAUAGCGAUAAGAAAGCAUCUGAUUCUGGGCCUGAUCCUUCUGCCCCAAUCACAAGAAAAGGAGUAUUAACAUCCUUUUUAACUGGCAAAGCUAUGGAAAUACCAGAGCAAGAUAUUCUUGGCAAAUGUAGAUUUGUCUCUGAAUUUGAAAAACUGAAUCGUAUUGGAGAGGGUACUUACGGAAUUGUGUAUAGAGCUAGAGAUACAAAAAAUGAUAAAGUUGUUGCAUUGAAAAAAGUAAGAAUGGAACAUGAAAAAGAUGGGUUACCAGUAAGUGGUCUCAGAGAAAUAUCGGUUUUAUUAUCAUGCCGACAUGAAAACAUUGUACAUCUAAGAGAAGUGGUCGUAGGCAGAAGCUUAGAAAGCAUAUUUCUUGCAAUGGAGUAUUGCGAGCAAGAUUUAGCAAGUUUAUUAGACAAUAUGCAAGCGCCAUUUUCAGAAAGCCAGGUCAAAUGUAUAGUAUUGCAAGUGUUGAAAGGUCUGCGUUAUUUACAUCAUAACUUUAUUGUUCAUAGAGACUUGAAAGUCUCUAAUCUGCUUAUGACUGAUAAGGGUUGUGUAAAGAUCGCGGAUUUUGGACUGGCUAGAUGGUUCGGUUUACCUUUAAAGCCAAUGACUCCUAGAGUAGUAACAUUAUGGUACAGAGCACCUGAAUUACUAUUGCAAGCUAAGACACAAACUACUUCAGUUGAUAUGUGGGCAGCAGGGUGCAUAUUAGGAGAAUUAUUGGGCCAUAGACCUUUAUUACCUGGUAGAUCAGAAAUCGCACAAUUAGAGUUAAUUGUGGAUUUGUUGGGUACACCCAGCGAAGCUAUUUGGCCAGAAUUUAAUUCCUUACCAGCGCUACAGAAUUUUACACUUAAACAGCAACCAUAUAAUAAUUUGAAACAAAGAUUCCCCUGGUUGAGUGCUGCUGGUCUUAGAUUAUUGAAUUUCUUAUUUAUGUAUGAUCCAAAAAAGAGAGCAACUGCCGAAGAAUGUUUGCAGAGUAGCUACUUCAAAGAAGCUCCUUUACCUUGCGAUCCAAAACUAAUGCCUACCUUCCCACAACAUAGAAACAUGAAAAAGGCGGCUGCGCAGAAAGAAAAUCGUGAGCAAGAACCUACUGUUACCGACCAAACCAAUAAUCUACCGGCAAUUUCAGAUUUGCUUGGAUCAUUGGUUAAGAAGAGACGUGUUGAAUGAAAAAAUUUGCUGCUUAAAGAGAUUAUGGUUGGUCGUCUCUGCAUGUCUUAUCCUAAUUGCAUUUUAUGAUUGAUAACUACGUAAUACUUAUUGCCAAAUACACUAUUUACAAAUAUAUAUAUAUGUAAUGAUAACAUUUUUAUUUAGAAACAAUGGUGACAUGGUCAGUGAAUGAUGAAUUGCAUAACUUGUACAUCUUUGCGAAAUGUGCUGAUUUAGCGAAUAAAAUG